AUGAAUAUUAUCUAUUAUUUUCUAUCAAUAAUUAUCCUCAAGAUUCAUCUUAUUGAAUCAUAUAAUGAUACAAAUAAUGGUAUUCGUAUACAAAUAUUCGAUAAUAUAGCUGAAAUUUCUCGACCCAUAUCAGGAUUUGAUUUACCUAUAACAUAUACUCAACAAGAAUGGUCUGAUAUACGAUCAGAUUCAUUUCGUUUAGUUGGCGAUUAUGUUAAGAUUCAAGGACAAAUUAUUUCUCAUAAUCGUACUUCUUUAAAUGGUCAAAAAAUAUUUGUUCAACGUAAUUUAAAAGAUGAUACAUUUAUAGAAGCUAUAAUGAUUGAUGAAACACGAAAUUUAAUACAUGAUUUAACUGAUAAUACAUAUUAUACAAUAACAUCAGAUCGUAUAAGAUAUUUAUCAAUUCCACCUGUACGAAAUUAUUUUGUUAAUUUUAUAUUUCAUACAAGUCAUGUCGAACAACUUUAUUUACGUUAUUUACAAAAUAAUAUUAAAUGGAAAGUUCGUUAUGAUCUUUUAUUAGAAACUAAUGAUACUGAUUCUAUUUUACAAGCUUAUGCUGAUAUACGAAAUGAUGGAAGUUCACCAUUGAUGAUUGAUUCAGCUGAAUUAAUUAGUGGUGAUGUUAAAAUUCUAUCUACUUCUUCCUCAUUACCAUCACAAUAUUACAAUAACAAUGGUGGCUUUGCUUCUUAUGAUGGUGUUGGAGGUGCUGCUGCUAAUCUACAAGCAGUGCCUACAACAACAAGUCCUGCACCAAUAAUAUCUUCAAGUCAGGAAUUAGCUGGUAUAUAUGUGUUUUCAAUAAAUGAAACAUUUAUUCUUGAUCCUCAAUCAAAUUUUAUUCUUCCAAUGUUUCGUCCAGUGAUUGAUAUUGAGCGUUAUGGUUUAAUAGAAAAAUAUUUUCGACCGAUGGAUAAUCGUGGUAAUGCACGACGUGCUUAUCGUCUUCGUGUACCAGAUACAUAUUUACCUAAAGGACAUGUAUUUGUGCGUGAAUCAGAUCGUUUAGUUGGUGAAACUAAUUGGUUGGACCAUUCAGCUAAUGAAACCAACGAAUUUACUUUAGGUGAAGAUCCUGAUUUACAAUAUAUUGAAUAUGUACAAUUAAAUUCUCGACGACAAGCAUAUGAAGCAAAUGGCUAUCGUUUUGUUUUAUCAACAUUUACAAUUAAUUUACAUUUAAUUAAUAAUAAAAAUCGUUCAAUAAAUUUUGAAUAUCGUUUAAUAUUUUCUUCACAAGAUAAUUUAACAUUAAAAGAAAAUACCAGUGAUAAUUUAUUACAAGUUGACGGUUCAACUAUUAGUGGUAUAUUUCAAUUGAAUGAAAAUCAAAAACAAGAAAUUCAAUUUAUAAUUGAAACACAAUAA